CGACCGCUCAUUUUUUCACCAAAGAUUUUGUUUGUUGUUUACAAACUUCUUGGAACCCUCAUUUUAUCAAGCCCAACCAUGAUGCUCUCGUCGUCGUUGUCUUUGCAAACCGCCACUCGAAGACUGGUGACUUUGGCGCUUCGUUCGAGUCGUCAUCAUCAUCCUCGUCCUUGGCAUCAAUAUGCAUCCGUCUGUCAAUUUUCGACCAUGUCCUUGAUCAAAGAACUGCGCGCCGCAUCAGGAGCUCCGAUUGUGGAUUGCAAAAAGGCACUGUCAAAUUCCGACAAUGAUUUAAAGGCGGCAUUGGAUUGGUUGCGCGAACACGGUGCCGCCAAGGUAUCUUCCAAAGUCGCCGAUCGAGAAGCCAGAGAAGGAUUGGUCGCCAUUGCUUUGACGGCACAACACAAGGCAGCAUCGCUGGUGGCAGUGUCAUCCGAAACCGAUUUUGCCGGGCGCAGUCAAACGUUUGUCGAUUUGGUCGAAUUCUGUGCUCAAGCGGCGCUUCUUCAAACGAAUGACACUACUGCUGAGCCACUCGUACAAGUACUACAAAACGACAGCACGGUGGAAAGUGCCAUGAGCGAUGCCAUGGUGGCCAUUCGUGAAAAUCUGUCAUUGAGUCAUGCCACCAAAGUUACGGCCUCCCCCGAAGGAGGUGUCGUGGUGGGAUAUGUCCAUGGAAGAAUUCUACCCUCGCAAGCAGGCACUGCUGCUGCAUUGGUCAGUUUGGCCCCACUCGACAACAAUAACAACAAAGACACUGACAAAAUGUUGGAAACGGGCAAAAAAUUGGCCAUGCACAUUGUCGCUGCCAAACCACAGUAUUUGGAUUCCACCAGUAUUCCAGACGACAUUGUCGAGGCGGAACGAGACUUGCUGGCCAAACAAAUUGCCGAUUCGGGAAAACCACCCGCGAUUGUCCAAAAGAUUGUGAAUGGGCGGCUGCACAAAUUCUAUGCCACGACCUGUUUGCUCCAACAAAGUCACAUGAUUGAAGAAGGGAAUCCUCAAAUUCAAAAACAUCUCACGAGUAUGGGCAUGAAAUUGCUUCACUAUGAACUAUUGUCCGUGGUGAAUUAAUUAGAUCUAGCUAGUAAUUAUUAGUAGUAAUAAACAGUACCAGAUAGACUGGUAUCAGCUU